CCAACUUCGUGGUCACUAUUCACCAUCAAAAUUAAACCGACAUGACAUACGUAAUAAAGUCUACGAGCACAUCAAGUUCCUGUCUUUUAAGAAUAGAGAGGCUCUCUACCAGGCAAUUCAGGACUUCGACUCCCUCGUUCAGUAUCAACCACAUGAAAAGCGACUGAGUCUUCUUCAUAAGUUGCUGUCAAUUGCAAAGACACGCAAACCGCCCUCAGAAGCAAUCAACGCACUACAGCCACUCAAUCCGCCAUGUUUCAAACGUGGAGAUGAGCGAGAGUCUCUUGAGUCAUGUGAAUCGUAUAAGACCGCUCUAGAUCCAGGAUCUCCUACGGAUGAAGACACCGACAAUGAAAUGAACCCAGGGCUUGAGGCACGAUCUCCAUCGCCUUCUCCGUCUUCUAGGCCAGCAUAUCCAUUCCAGGCAAGUAAACCUGUCUCAUUGCAUGCAACAAGGAAACGGCCCUUGGAGAACUUCAGUCAUUAUGGAACCCCGUCAAAAUUGACAAAAACCUCGAGAGGAGAGCAGGCUAUCAACCCAUCGCGUAAUGCAGAGGAUUCGUUCAAAAUACCGACUGUCGACAUAGCCCCUUCGCGUCGACCUAAUCCUAAUCCAUCAUCCGCAAACACGUCCUUCGACAAUAACACUUUCUCAUCACAGGAGACAGCCAAUACCGCAGCGACUUCUUUCACAUCGUAUAAUGGCGACACUGAUGUUCAUGGACAAUACAGCCCAAGAUUGAAGACGAUAAAUAGAAGGUGCUCCACCACAUUAGGGUCCUGGGAUGAUAAUAGUUCUAUCCAAGCGGAAAAGCAAUCUGCCAUGUCGACCCAAAAUGACAGGGUAUGUGAGCACGACAUCCAGAUCGACCUCAAUAGAAGCUUUUCUCAAGAUAGCAACGGAAAAAGCAGAUCUACCUUUGGCUCUGUAGAUGACGAGAAAUUUGCCAAGGUGGCAGCCAAAGUUGAAAACAAGCAAGAUCGGUCAGAUCCGGUUGCCUGCCUGGAACCCUCUGGGGUCGCCAGCAACCAAAAGCAACACGAUUCAUCAACGGAUAAGAUGCCAUACGACAUACGCGACAUACCUAAGCAAAGUCUCUUCGUGGAAAUGCUUCCUAUGGAAUUGGAAGAUAUUCCCUACUAUGUGUUGUUCAUCUGUCUGCGCAUUGCGCUAGAAUACUCUGUUCGAUUGCGAUCGAUUACGGAUGUUGUUGACGACCCAAACAUCUUCACUGACCCACAAACAUUUUGGCACUCCAUUGAUUGCCACUUUAAGAGCCUGGGCAGAUCUAUAGUCAAGUCACGCGACCCCAAUCACCUCUGGCAAGCAGUAAAUCGGGAGAUGGAUGGUUUUACCUUCAAGGGAAAACUCACUUUCAGUUCCAGACGAGCAGAAUCAAUCAUGUGUCUCAAGCUACUACCGAUACAAGAAGAAAAGUCCUGUCGACUGCAGCGAAUGUUUGGUUCAGAUCGGUUCCUCUAUCUGGAUUUACCUGAGUUUAAUUCUUCCAAGAUAGAUGGCUUCACUAACGAUGACAUGGUGAAGAUCAGAAAGAAGUGGCAAGAGUGGUUGCUCACAGAGCACUCUUUUUUGGGACGCAAAUGGAGAGUGUUCCAUGUUGACACUAUAAAAAGGAAGCAUAAGUCUCACCGUGAGGAUAUGCUUCACGACAAGAGGAUCAUUCUGUUUGCCACAGAAGGCGCCGGUAUUGAGCAACCGUACACAGUGGGUGGAAUGUUGAACAAAUUCUUACCUGUUGAUCUCAACAAAAACCAAAACUUCUGUAAGGCCUUUGCUCGCAUUGAUCUUGGGCUUUCCCGGACUACACCUACUUUGUGCUUUAGUACAGAGCAAAUCCGGCAUGUGGAUGACAAAACGAGUACAGAUGACCCAGAAGACACACAAUUCAAUGACACAACACUGGACUGGCCGCCUUUCCCAGAUGGUACUGUGAUGGAUGAUGGGUGUUGCGUCAUGUCAGUGGGUGCGGCCAAAAAGAUAUGGGAUCUGUACACCAAGGCUACGGGCGUUACCGAUCCACUACCUAGUGCCUUUCAGGGGCGCAUAGGGGGUGCUAAAGGAAUUUGGGUAAUUAGCGCAGAAAAAUUCACCAAGGAUACGGAUCACUUGGAGCCCUGGAUCGAGAUCAACGAGAGUCAAUGGAAAUUCCAGCCACCAAACGACCAGUCUCCUUAUCAUCGUACUUUCGAGGUAUCAAACUACAGCUCAACCCCAUCUCCAUCUGAGCUGCAUUCAUCAUUCAUUCCGAUAUUGGCUGAUAGGGGUGUAACAAAGGAGGCGAUAUCUGAUCUCAUGCUUGACUCUCUUGAAAAAGAGCGCAUAAACCUACUGAAUGUUCUUCAAGACGCCACAAAGGUGCAUGAGUGGGUAUACCGAAAUGGAGCAAAUACAAAACUUCGCGAAGAAACCCAUGGACGAGUUGGUCAACCUGCAUCUCUCAAGGAAAAGGCUCUAAACCUACUGGAAUCUGGCUUUGACCCUCUGAAGUUUCCGUAUCUUGCUCAGAAUCUCGAAUCCUUCAUCAUGAGUAGACAGAUAUUUCAAGAGGCUAAACUACGUGUACUGCUUCCGAAAUCAACAUUCUUGUACGGAGUAGCAGAUCCGUUGGGAGUAUUGAAUCCUGGAGAGAUUCAGAUACUGUUUUCUUGGCCAUUCGUCGACGAGACCACCAACGAGAGAUACUCGGACCUCAGGGACUUGGAGGUUUUGGUCGCCCGUCAGCCUGCUUGCCGCCGUUCUGAUAUCCAGAAGGUACGGACAGUCAUACAUCCCGAGCUUUCUCAUUUGGUAGAUGUAGCUGUCUUUUCCUCUAAAGGUCCUUUCCCCCUGGCUGGCAAACUGCAGGGAGGCGAUUAUGACGGCGACAUAUUCUGGAUUUGUUGGGAGGAUACACUUGUGCAGCCGUUCUUCAAUGCUCCUGCACCAGUUCGGUCUCCUAAUCCUUCCCUUUUUGGCAUCAAAAAAAUAACCGAGAAGCUCAAGGAUAUUGUAGACACUAAAAGACCCGACAAUGUGGAUACAUUCUUGAAAAGAGCUUUCGAAUUCCGUGAUCAUCCAUCGCUGCUAGGUCUAGCAACGAUUCUAGCAGAGAGACAGGCCUACAGCGAAAACUGCGUUCAUUCCGGAACCCUUGAGAAGCUCUACGAUGUACACGAUCUCCUCGUCGAUGCAAGUAAGCAAGGAUACAUCCUCACUCAGAAUAAGUACAACAGCUCCGUAAAGACAUUAUGUGAGAAUCCAAAAGAUCCGGCCUAUAAAAGGGCAGCUAAAGACUGCAAAAAUACGAGGAUAUCGACAGAUACUCCAAAAUGUCGUGAGCAUAAAUAUGGCUACAAAUCAGACAACAUACUGGACUAUCUCUACUUCGAUGUCGUGAGGGCACACAACGUUGAGACGAUGAAGAAAGUCAAGGAGAUACUUGGGAACGCUGCUGAACGGGAUGAAGUCUUAAUAUAUCCAUGCCAAUAUCUUCACGACGAAAGAAUAGCCGUGGUCAGGAAAGAGCUCAAUUCUCUGAAUAAGAAACUUGAACGCGUGUAUGGUGGAUGGAAUGAAGUAUGGAACAAUACAAAACUUACGGGAGAGAAUCGGAAUGCAUCAAUCGAAGAAUGCUACCAAAAUUACCUAGCUAUACAGCCUGACAAUCCAGACGAUCCUAAUAUCAGGCCAUGGAUGGCACCUUAUCGUCGGCAUGGGUCAUGUCACUGGGACACGGUCAAAGCAUCGGCACUGUAUAGCAGAUACCCGUGGCCCGAGAAAUUGAGCUUUGUCUUCAGGAUGGCCGGAUAUAUGCUUUCAAAGCUCAAGGCUGAAAGCUUCGAAGGGACCAGAUCCGUGGUACUGCCCAUCCGCGCGAACCUCAAACCAAGACGUAUCAAAACCCUGUCCUACGGCGAUGAAGUGGAUGAUGUGGACGAAGACGACUACGACUUUGUUACUGCUCUCGAAGAUCAAUUCACAGAUCUUGGUGACGGGUAUUGAAAACAACGAUACCAUUCUCAAUUAUUCAACGGAACACGCGGUCAUCUCGACGAGCGCAAGCGACGAUCCAACAUGCCAUCGACGCUCGCGCUCCUAGCUAUGGAGUCGGCCCCAGCGCCUCACUAUGCCAUUCAUUACUACAUCUUGAAAGAUUGUGGUAUCGUACAUGUUGGAGAAGAAGAUGAUGAUAUAGGAGGGGAAAGGGGAAGAAAGGGAAAGGAAGAGUACAGGAAGACAAGAGAAAACACCUAAAAAACCGAGGGAAUGCAAAAAUCGUGGCUGGGUAGAUCAGGAUUUCCAUUGCUACCAUGUCAUGUCAUACGCUGCAAGUCAUUCGUAUCCAUUGGCUCGGAACAGCAGAUGUCUUGGGGUCGAUCUCCAGUGUUUGAAUACCUUGUUUACGACUUUCUUUUCUUUCUUCUAGCAUGUGACCUAAUUCCAAAGUAUGCAUAUAUUUUUUUUUCUUAUGCAAAAAGCAAUAUACCAGUCCAC